AUGCAAAAUCAUUUAUUACAAGCUUUAACUUUGUUGACUAUGGAAAGACCAACUUCUUUCGAUUCAGAAGCUAUUAAAGACGAGAAAACAAAAGUAUUAGCUUCAUUUGACAAGAUUGACGUUGAUAAUAUCUUAAUUGGACAAUAUGGUAAAUCAGAAGAUAGUAAACAACCAAGAUAUUUAGAUGAUGAGUUCAAAUGUGUUGAUAUAAUUUCUACUACAGUUACCACUUAG